AUGUCCAGACGACGGUUAAAUACCAUUUUAAAGUUAGCUGCAAAUACAAGUGAAGAAAAUGUCAAUGCAAUGCCUACACUGGUUACCAGCCCUCAAAAUAAAGAUGUUCCUGUUGACUUACCUAUAUUGACCUAUGAAGAUAUCAUGAAUUCUGAAAUUAUAUUUCAAUAUACUGAAAAUAAUAUUAAAGAUUUUCCAGAUUUUGAAACUGUAUCUACUUCUCAGGUAACUAAUAUAGCUUCCACUAGCCAACAAUCUUGUUAUGAACAUUCAAUAGUUGUAAGUGCUGAUAGUUCUGUAAACAAUGUUGAAGAAAAUGAUAUAAACUUGUUUACUGAUUGUUUCAUUAAUGAUACACUAGUGACAAUGGAUGAUAAUAUAGAAAAUGAGAUUUUAGUAAAUUCAAAUGGUGAAUCAAAUCUAGUGAACUGUGAUAAAAAAACUAAAACCCGUAGUGUGCGUUCAGAAAAGAUUAAAUGGAAGAGAGAAACUACAAAGAAUAAUAGAAUGAAUGGAGAAAUAUAUACUGGGUAUAAAAGAAAUGGUAAGGUAGUUGAACAUAAUUCUAUAAAAGCUGCAAGAUCUAUGAAAAAAUCUUGUACAUCUAAAAGAUGUGAAAAAUUACCAAAUAGACAUUGCCAAGAGUUUGAGGAAAGUAGAAGGUUGGAGAUUUUUAAGAAGUUUUGGAGUGCAACCUGGGAAGAAAAAAAAAUGUUUGUGAUUGGUAUGGUAUCAAAAAUGUUAACUAAAGCAAAUACAACAGGACUCGGGAGUUUAAGCAGAAGGGCAAAUACUUACAAAUAUUUCUUGGAGCAUGAUCAUUUUGAAGAACCUUUACAAGUUUGUAAAUUGAUGUUUUUAAACACACUUGGCCUUAAUGAGUGGAUGUUACAUAACUGGGUAAGAAAUGCUACUCAUGGACUACCUGGAAAAUUAUUAAGUCCAAAAAGUUUGAAACUAAAAGAAAAUGUCGGUGAUAGUAAUUUAAUUAAAAGUUCACCUAAGAGAGUUGGAUUAUCAAAAAGAAUCGAUCACCUUCAGUUAUGGUUUUCUAGCUUACCAAAAAUGCCUUCUCACUAUUGCAGGCAAAAAACAAAUAGAUUGUAUCUAGAAGGGCCAUUUUAUAAUAAGCAACAAGUUUUUGAAGCAUAUAAACAAAAAUGUAUUGAUGGUAAUCUGGUUCCAUUAAGUAUCUGCUAUGUUUAUAAUUUUAUGAGAGAAAAAAAAUUAUCUAUAUUUGUUCCACGUAAAGAUAAAUGUGACACAUGUUCUUCUUAUGAAAUGGGAAACAUUGAUGAGAAUGUAAUGGCUGAACAUGUAGCAUUUAAAAAUAGAGCAAGAGAAGAAAUGAAUUUAGAUAAGCAACUAGCAAUAAAUGAAAACAAAUUUUACAUGUUUACAAUGGACUGUCAAGCUGUCAAAUUGUGUCCUACCUUAACAGCUAGUGCUCUAUAUUAUUCCACAAAACUGAAGGUACACAACAUGACCUUCUACAAUAUGGUUACAGGCCACUGCAAAAAUUAUUGGUGGCAUGAAGGGGAUGGUGACCUGGAAGCUUCAAUAUUUGUGUCUAUUCUUUUAUGUCAUUUAGAGAAUUAUUGUAUGAGUGACAAAAAACCUAUAAUAAUCUAUUCUGAUGGUUGA